AUGGCCAGUUUAGCAGAAUUCGCAGGCAAGUGGGUCUUUGUGAAGCACGAAAAUUCCGAACCUCUCUUUGCCGAGAUGGGGAUUCCAGACGUUGCCGCUAAGGCAAUGGCCGCUGCUAAACCAUCCUUGGAGAUUUACGAGGAUGAUGGGUGUUGGGUCUUGAAGGAGGCGUCGCAGUCGUCACCAAAACCUCACUUGGAGAAAUUCAAACUUGGCGAACCCACGGAUAUUCUUACCAUGUUCGGGAAACGAAAGAUCAUCGCCACGCUGGAAGAUGGGAAGUUGUACACCCGGGGCACCACUCCCGGUGACGACCUGGUCGCCGUGCGAGAAUUAGUUGGAGAUCAACUCGUUGCCAAAGUUACCAAGAAUAAUGUUACCGGAGUUUGUUACUUUUGCCGCGCUUGA